UUCAGCUGCUGCCUAAUUUAAUUCCAAAAGCAAGCAAUACAAUGGCCAGAUUUGAUCCAUACGAAUUUAUAAGCUUGCAACCCAACAAAGAUGGAACAUUCACUCGUCUUCUCCACUUCCCACUUGCAAAAACCAACGAUGAUCCUUCCACCGGAGAAGCCGUACUCUCCAAAGACGCCAUGAUUAACGGCGAAAAAAACACCAAAGUCCGCCUAUACUUUCCGAUCAAAAGCAUUUCUAACGGCGAACGUCUUCCCGUCGUAUAUUAUUUUCACGGCUGUUCUUGGGUCCACUUUUCAGCGGAUAAUCCCGCACUUCAUCUUGAACGUAAAUGGACUGCAUGCACAAUUCCCGCACUGGUCAUUCUUGUUUUAUACAGGCUCGCACCAGAAACUAGGCUUCCCGGCCAAUACGACGACGCAGAAGAAGCACUUCUUUGGACUAAAAGACAAGCCCUAGACCCUAAAGGCGAACCGUGGCUCAAGAAUUACGCAGAUUUCUCUAAAUGUUUCCUCUCCGGGUCCGGCAAUGGAGGGAACAUAGUGUUUCACAUGGGCUUACGAGUAAUGGAAAUGGAUUUAAACCCGUUGAAGUUCAUCGGGUUGAUAAUGAACCAGCCAUUAUUUGGCGGGGUACGAAGAACAGAAUCAGAAAUUAAAUUUGCGGCCGAUCAGAUCAUACCGUUGCCUGUUCUUGACCUAGUGUGGAAGCUGACCUUGCCUAAAGGAGUGAACCGUGACCAUAGAUUUUGUAAUCCAAUGGUGGAAGGGCCGCAUCAACGGAAGAUAAAUAUGUUGCCGCCGUGCUUAGUGCUAGGGUUUGGAAUGGAUCCGUUGAUAGACAGACAACGGGAAUUUGUGCAGUUACUGAUGAUGUACGGUGUUAAAGUUGAAGCUCAUUUUGAUGAAAUAGGGUUCCAUAGGAUUGAGAUUGUUGAUGCUAAAAGCCGAGUCACCAUGCUCAAUCUUAUAAAGCAAUUUAUACAUACGCAAAUUGCUUAUGUAGCUCCUAAGCAGAACGACGAUUCAUUAGACAGAAAUGACGGCGCUUGUCAUUUGGACAUGAAUGGAAGUGUUCAGUAAUGUAGGAGAUGAAGUAAGGAAGAAUGUAAGCGCAUAGGGUUAUUUGGUUGUACUGGCAUAAUUGUGCAAAAAAUUCAAACAUUUUGGUGUUUUGCUAUUUAAACUAACCCUU